AUGUCCGCUUUUGUGCCGUCUCCUCCAGAAUCUUAUAAGGUUGACUCCUUUUUCGAGCUUGUUCCCACUACUCCUACAAUAACUCCUGUAGUCUCUGCAACUCCAUUGAACAAAACACAAGAUUUCACAAAGCCCAAAUUAUACAAACAACUCACCCGUUCCACUCGAGGAAAGAAAAGUUGGACAACAGAACAAAAAGAGUAUGCAAUGGAAAAGGCACAACUUCUUGGUUUAACAAAAGCAACACGGUUUCUUCAGAUACAGAACCAAGAAGUGUAUGGAGACUUAUCUCCAUCAACUCUGCAAUAUUGGCUCCAACACACAAAGACGCAAACAAAAUAA